GUAACAACGUAAUACGUCUCUUUGUUGGCCCAGUGGCAGCGGCGCUUUUACCGUUGUGAAUGUGGAAUCUGUAGCUAGCUAACGUUACAGUGGAAAAUUUGGAACUGGGAUUUUUUUCGACCCUUUGUGUUAGAUUUGGUUGACAACAUUGGUUACUGGCUUUGCUAUCCUCUUUUCUUGACAUAAUACUAAUCUCUAAAGUAAUGGACUCGGACGAGGGUUACAAUUAUGAAUAUGACGACGAGGAAGAGGAAUGCAGCGAAGACAGCGGUGAAGACGAACCCGAAGAAGACACCCUAGAUCUCGGGGAGGUGGAAUUGGUUGAUCCUGUAGUGGCUGGUGGUGAGCGAGACGACUGUGGAGAAACCGGAGGCAGUGGCCUCGGGCCUGGACAGGAUGAGGAGGACUACCGUUUUGAGGUCUUGACCACUGAACAAAUUCUCCAGCAUAUGGUCGAGUGUAUCAAAGAGGUCAACGAGGUCAUCCAGAACCCUGCCACCAUCACCAGAAUGCUCCUCAGUCACUUCAACUGGGACAAAGAGAAGCUUAUGGAGAGGUACUUCGAUGGCAACCUGGAUAAACUCUUCUCUGAGUGCCAUGUUAUCAACCCCAGUAAGAAAUCCCGGACGCGGCCGAUGAGCACCAGGUCCUCUGCCCAGGACAUGCCCUGCCAGAUCUGUUUUCUCACCUACCCAAACUCGUACUUUACUGGACUAGAGUGUGGGCACAAGUUCUGUAUGCAGUGUUGGGGAGACUACCUGACCACCAAAAUCAUAGAAGAAGGGAUGGGACAGACCAUCUCUUGUCCUGCACACAGCUGUGAUAUUUUAGUAGAUGACAACACAGUCAUGCGACUUAUCACAGACUCAAAGGUGAAGUUGAAGUACCAGCAUUUAAUCACAAAUAGUUUUGUAGAGUGCAAUCGACUGUUAAAAUGGUGCCCAGCACCUGACUGCCACCAUGUGGUUAAAGUCCAGUACCCCGAUGCCAGACCUGUUCGCUGCUCGUGUGGCCGACAGUUCUGCUUCAACUGUGGAGAGAACUGGCAUGACCCAGUCAAGUGCAAGUGGUUGAGGAAAUGGAUCAAGAAGUGUGAUGAUGACAGCGAAACAUCCAACUGGAUCGCAGCAAACACAAAAGAAUGCCCAAAGUGUCACGUGACCAUAGAGAAGGACGGUGGCUGCAACCACAUGGUGUGCCGGAACCAAAACUGCAAGGCGGAGUUCUGCUGGGUGUGUCUCGGCCCCUGGGAGCCCCAUGGAUCUGCCUGGUACAACUGCAAUCGCUACAAUGAGGAUGACGCCAAGGCGGCCAGAGAUGCCCAGGAGUUGUGUAUGGUGCAGCGUUCUCGGGCGGCCCUCCAGCGGUACCUCUUCUACUGCAACCGCUACAUGAACCACAUGCAGAGCCUGCGCUUCGAGCACAAGCUCUACGCCCAGGUCAAGCAGAAGAUGGAGGAGAUGCAGCAGCACAACAUGUCCUGGAUCGAGGUGCAGUUCCUGAAGAAGGCCGUGGACGUGCUGUGCCAGUGCCGCUCCACGCUCAUGUUCACAUACGUCUUCGCUUUCUACCUCAAGAAGAACAACCAGUCCAUCAUCUUCGAGAACAAUCAGGCUGAUCUGGAGAAUGCUACAGAGACUUUGUCUGGAUACCUGGAGCGAGAUAUUUCCCAGGACUCGUUGCAGGACAUCAAACAGAAAGUUCAAGAUAAGUACAGAUACUGUGAGAGUCGACGGCGAGUACUGCUGCAGCACGUGCACGAGGGCUAUGAGAAGGACCUGUGGGAGUACAUAGAGGAUUGAGGGUGGCACAGCCUAUCGUGAAGAACUCUCCGGAACACCCAUUUCAAAGCGUGGCCUCCGCAGCAGCACUGUGGUCCCAGCGUCCCUUGCUGAUGGGCCUCUUCUUGGCAUCUCAAACUUACUACUUAUCUCUUAACCUUUUUUAUUUGAUUCAGUCAUUUUUACCCAAAUAAAUGAUAGAAUAAUCCAAACCAUCCCACAGCAGUAUUGUUUGCAGCAGAGUUUAUUGUUGAGAGGCGAACCUCCACAUAGUUUCUCCUCUCUGCACAUUUUUUUUCUGUGAGAUUGUUUUAGAUUUAUACUUUUUUUUUUCAAA